GCCGACUGCACCCAGCGCUGGCAAUCGCAUGCUCCUUGUUAGAGAUAAUUGCGGUGCACAGUUCGCGUCAUCAGUCCUGCCGUGGAGACUCCGACACCAGAACCAUCUGAACUACAUCUUGGAUGCUCUCCAAAUCAAUGAUGGCCCGCACGGACGGGGAAGAAUCACGAGAACCUUUACCUCCACGUCCACAGUCACCGUACUGAAUGUGAUAUUGGACUUGAUCGCCCGACCGGACAGCCCUUCCCCCAAUAACCUGGCAACCGAAUCCCGAAGCAAACCCCAUACAUAUGUUCUAGAAUAUUUACGCCAGGCGAUUGUGGGAUACGAGGCCCUCCCGCCGCCGCCCUUCAGCCCUAGUCCGCCAGGCCCGCUGGAUACAGUCCCGCUACAACUCCAGAGCCUCCUGCUCGAGCGAUACAUCGCAAUGUCCUGGAAGACACUCCCAUUUCAGUCCCCCCGGAGUCUUCGUGCACGCCUUUCCUGCCUUUUCGCUCUACCAGUAUCACAAAUGCAGGUUGAAGAUCACGCUCUUCGUGCCAUCAUGCUGCCCCUCCUCGCUAUUGGCUCCAUUACAACCGGCUACGCGGAACUGGGAGAGAUGCUUAUUAGUGAGGCACAGAGGAAUACAAUCACACUAUACUAUAUGGGUGAUGUUCUAGCUUUACAGAGUGAUUUGCUGAUGAUCCAGUAUUGGAUCGACUCAGGCUCCUUCGAAUCCGCCUAUUUACGGCUGGGAACGACACUUGCGAAAAUCCUGGCGGCUGGAUUGGAUCGACCAACUCGUUCAGCUCACGAACAGGCUGUUAUCUCGGCUUUCUGCUGUAACGAAAGUCUUCUAUGUGUCGUCCUAGGACGAGAAGCUGCCUUCUCUAGCAGCAUCAGACAUCUGCCGCAAAGCAACCAUACCAUCAUUGGGUUCAUGCACCCCUUCUAUCGCAUUCUUGCCGAUAUCCAGCGCCUUCACCAGCAUAAAACCAAGGAUUUUAUGAAGCUAUGGAAUGCUUGCUGCGCACUUCGUCAGCGCCUUUUAGCCUUUUGGUCAAUGGAUGGUCCUUUUGAUGAUUCCUCGGAUGGAGAGAAUCUGAAUAUGGGCUCAGUCUGUAAGUGUUCUGAGCUCUUUGCCUGGCAUUCUGAGGGGUUUCUCACUCACUCUACCGUGCUUCACUACUCGGUUCUUAUCCUCUAUCGACCAUUUUUGAUUCUUCGCGCGCUCGAGAACAAUCGCGAUGGUCAUGGUGACUGGGACCUCAACAAUAGUCCUGCAGGGAGGGAGAGGGUGGAGACCAUAUCUAAGGGGUGUCAGUACUCUAUUGACGCUGCAGCGAAGAUCAUCUCUUUUUUUCGCAGGUUAUAUGAGACGGAAUUUAUACAGAAGAACCUGCCUUUGAACGCCUUCUUCCUCGAGAAUGCUUGCUAUGCUUUGAUAAUUGACAGCCUGUGGGGCAAUCGGAGAUCGUUGUAUCUUUCGCACAUCCAAACCUGCUUGCACUGUAUGGAGCAGACACAGGACCAACCAGUGACUUCCUCGCGACUUUCCAUUACAAAGCACAUUAUCGGGAGAAUAGGGAUGUUUCCGGACAGCGAUAACAGACUUUCAAGUCUCACGCUCUCUCAGUCUGGAAUGAUGUGGAUGAACGAAUUCUUGGAGAGCCACGUUUUCAGCGAUUAAAGAACAAUCCCCACCUGCUAUAUUCAAUCCUGUCGGAGCUAUACACUAAGAGGCUGUAGCUACACUGGAAUGAAUGUUCUUCUUGUUCCUUAGAAUCCGAGGAAAUGGGGGAACCCAGGAUGGAUCUGCUGAUGGACCCACGAUGCAUAAUCCAUGCCAUCAUGGGGAGUUGAAUUGAAUCCUUGCUACUUUCCAGAAAUAUCCUGUACUGGGAGACUCAAUUGCUUGAUCCUCCUGCCACACGCUGCCAUUGCUUGCUACACAACUUCGGCAGAAUUUCUGUGGUAGCAAAGAAUACCCCUAGGCUACUCUAUACAUGUUAUAUACUCC